CUUUCCUGAUCCAGUUCCCGUUAUUUCCCCCAUAUUUCUCUUUCUCUCUCAGACGACCGGUUGAACGUUGAGCGGAACGCUUCUCUCGAGCUUUGGACGUUAAAGAAUACACAGAAAAUCACAAUGGCCGGCAGAGGAACAGUGAAACCACACAGUGGAUUCGAUGCUAAUCAAGAUGCUGAGGUGCUCUACAAAGCAAUGAAGGGCCUGGGCACUGAUGAGGACGCCAUCCUACAGCUGUUGACCGCUCGCAGCAACGGCCAACGCCAGCAAAUCAAAGCUGCCUACAAGACGCUCUACGGCAAGGAUCUGGUGGAUGAUCUGAAAGGUGAGCUGGGUGGAAAGUUUGAGAUGCUCAUUGUGGGACUGAUGACUCCACCCAUCUUAUAUGAUGUCACAUCACUUAGGAACGCCAUUAAGGGGGCGGGGACUGAUGAAAAGGUGCUGAUUGAGAUACUGGCAUCGAGAACAGCCAAUGAAGUUAAAGAGAUCAUCAGUGCAUACAAACAGGAGUAUGACAAUGAUUUGGAGGAGGAUGUGACCGGUGACACAGGAGGUCAUUUUAAGAGAAUGCUGGUUAUUUUACUGCAGGCCAGCAGGCAGCAAGGUAUCCAGGAAGGCAACGUUCAGAGUGACGCACAGGCCUUGUUUGCUGCAGGUGAACAGAAGUUUGGGACAGAUGAGGAUCAGUUCAUCACUAUUCUGGGCAACCGCAGUGCUGCUCAUCUCAGGAGAGUGUUUGCAGAGUACAUGAAACUGUCUGGAUAUGAGAUCGAGGAGAGCAUACAAAGAGAAACAUCUGGAAAUCUGCGAGAUGUGCUCCUGGCUGUGGUGAAAUGUGCCCGUGGCGUUCCUGCCUACUUUGCUGAGAGUCUGUACUAUGCCAUGAAGGGAGCAGGCACUGAUGACCAAACUCUGAUCAGGAUCAUGGUUUCCCGCAGUGAGGUUGACAUGCUUGAUAUAAGAGCAGAGUUUAGGAGAAUGUUCCCCACUUCUCUGCACAACAUGAUCAAGAAUGAUACCUCAGGUGACUAUCGUAAAGCUCUGCUCCUUCUAUGUGGUGGAGACGAUGCAUAAAUCUUAAUGCUACCCCCCAGUGAUACCACUCUCAGCAGUCAGCAAUAAUGGAACAAUAGAUGGACAUAUCCACCCAUUCAACAUUGCAAUAAUCUACACAGAGUCUCAAAGUCCUAAAUCAUGAUAUGCCAUAUCAGUGGACACUGUGGUGCUCCUCUAAACUAAUCUAUUUUAAACCAGGCAGAUAUUACAAUCUGUAUUAAAACACAAGGUUUGGGAUUUGGAUCAACUAAUGGAGAUAAUAUUUAGUGAGUGCUCCAUUUUGCCCCCUCCCAAAACAACAACA